GAAAAUCAAAGAGUGAGCUCACAAAAAGACUGCAUCGUACUCAGUAGAAAACAAAAACAAAACACCUUAACGGACCCAUCAUGUUGACGCACCCACCUUCUCGUCCUUACCCUCCGUCCUAUGGACCUCCUCCGCCACCUACGUCCGGUCCAUCUGCUGGUCCGCCACCUCCGUCCGGCCCUCCUCCGAGUCCGCAUUACGGACAUGGUUUCCACGGCCACGGCCCUCCUGGAGGUUUCUUCCAUCCUCGAACCGUCGUCAAGACUUCUGUAGUCAUGGUCAUCAUCGCAAGCCUUGCUCAAAUUGUGGGACUCCAUGCCUUGUUGCUCAAGCUUGCUCAGCUUGCCAUCCUUGGUCUUGCUGCUCUCUUUGCGUUUCAUCAUUUCGAUGGAGGACGCCGCCAUGGUCCUUGGCACGGACCCGGUCAUCACUGGCGUCGCCAUCCCAAUCACCGCUUUCAUCCUCAUCCUCAUCGUCGCUCCCACCAUGGCCAGUUUCCCGGACGUUUUGGCCCUCCUGGUGGAUUCCCAGACGAUGCCAACGCCGGUGUCCCUGCUUCCCCACCAUUUGGUAUCUGGUGGAAACCUUUCCCUUUUAGCGCUCCAUAUGCUUCGUUUUGGGAUGCUCCUCAUGUACCUCCUUUCGCUAACGCAAUGCCUCCGCACCGUCAGCAGGAAGACUAUGUGAAAAGCCGCCCUUUUGGACCUGGUCGCUUCCCACCUCGCGGUGGUCAUGGUCCACCCCAGCCUCCUUAUGGUGCUGAAAUGCCGCCCUUUGGACCUCACCAUCGUGGCCAUGGUCCACCCUCACCUCCUUAUGGCGAUGAAAUGCCACCCUUUGGACCUCACCAUUGCGGUCAUGGUCCACCCCCGCCUCCUUAUGGCGAUGAAAUGCCACCCUUUGGACCUCACCAUUGCGGCCAUGGUCCACCCCCGCAUCCUUAUGGUGGUGAAAUGCCACCCUUUGGACCUCAUCGUCGCGGUCAUGGUCCACCACAUCCUCCUAGCGGUGCCGAAAUGCCCUCUUUUGGCCCCGGUCAUGGAUGUCCUCAUUUCGGCAAUGGUCCACCCCCUCCAUCCUCAAAGGGUUAUGGCCCAAUGCCGCCAUUUGGCCCCGGUCACGGACACCCUCAUGGUCCGCCAAAUCCAUCCUUCGAGGAUGAUGGUCAUAUGCCACCCUUUGCCUCCGCCCGUUUCGGCCGUGGUCCGCCCACUCCAUCCUUCGAUGGCGAUGGUCCGAUGCCACCCUUUGGUCCCGGUCACGGACACCCUCGUUUUGACCAUGGUCCGCCUCCCUUUGAUGGUGUUCCACCUCCUGGAGGAAUGCAUGGAUUUUUUGGCUGGUGGUAAGCGUUUAUCUUAGGAAGAGUUUUCAACCACAAGGAGGUCCCUCAUUGGUGACAGCACGCAAGUCAAAAUGAACAGAUUGGAAAAUCAGGGACAAUUAAUUGGUGGCAACACGCGAGUCAAAAGUGAACAGAUUGGAAAAUCAGUGGACAAGCACAGCACAUAUUGAUUCAAGCAAGCAAGAUAGUUAUUAAGAAGUGAUUAAAUUUACUGUUAUAGUUCCU